AACUGCAAGCUAUAAAGAGACCUAUACCUGUAUCAUAUCCGUACCUGUAUCAAUGGCUACGAGAGUUCUUCUUCUAACUGGCUGUCUAGUUGUCGUUGUUGGUUACCUAGCCUUCCAACUGCUUACAUGGACUCCACGUAAUUUUCCUUACAGAGUAGUGAAAGACAAGGAAUUUGACUUUAUCAUUGUGGGUGCUGGCUCCGCUGGUUGUGUUUUGGCAAACAGACUUAGUGAGAUUGAAAAUGUUUCAGUCUUACUCAUAGAAGCAGGGCCACCAGACGAUAAACCUGAGAUACAUAUUCCGUUAGCUGUCAGUCAGCUCCAACUCACAGAUAUUGACUGGCAGUUCAAGACAGUACCUCAAGAGAAUUGCUGUGGAGGAUUAAAUUCCAGACAAUCGGCAUGGCCUAGAGGCAAAGUUCUUGGUGGAUCGAGCUCUAUAAAUGUAAUGGUGUAUACCAGAGGUAAUCGAGAGGACUAUGAUAGAUGGAACAAUUUGUACGGGGCCACAGGAUGGGCAUACGAAGAUGUGUUGCCAUACUUCAAGAAAUCGGAGGACUAUCGAAGUGAAGAUGGUGACAGUGACUUUCAUGGCCGAGGAGGACCAAUGGUUGUUGAAAAAUGUCGUUAUGUUACUCCAGCUGCAAGAGCAUUUGUGGACGGAGCCAAGGAGAUAGGAUUGCAAGAGAUUGACUACAACGGCAAGUCACAGAUAGGAGUGAGUCUAAAUCAACUAAAUAGUAAGGAUGGUGCUCGAUGGAGCACUGCACAAGCAUUUUUGCAUCCUGUCCGGCAUCGUCACAAUCUUUUUGUGCUGACAGAAAGGACUGUGCAGUCAUUAGAGACGAGUGGAGACAAAGUGACUGGUGUGAAGGUAAUUGAUAAAUAUGGCAGUGAGAGUAUCAUACAAGCCAGAAAAGAAGUGGUGCUGUCGGCCGGAACAGUGGGCUCUGCACACAUCCUUUUAUUGUCAGGAAUUGGACCUGAGGAACAAUUGAAAAAAGAAGGCAUCCCUCUGAAAAAUGACCUGCCUGUUGGAAAAAACCUUCAAGACCAUUUCAUGGCGUUUGUAGCCUACUCCUCGGAUGUCCCUUAUCAAUCUGGACUUUCACUAACCACUCCUUACGUUGAAACAUUGACCCAUACGGUGCAGUACAUGCUCUUCGGAAAGGGACCUCUUUCUACCUCUCUGGCCGAGGCUCAUGGUUUUGCACAGUCUGGUUUGCAAGAAGACGGUGAUGGGCGUCCGGAUAUUCAUCUCCUCAUGCUAGGUGGACGCGGAGAUAAUGGUGGUUUGAAUUAUGAUAAAGAGAAGAUCCAUGAAUUGGUUGGACAGUUAUGGAGUGAUGAAGAGCUUGUUGUUGUAACUCUUAUGGCUGGCAUACUGCACCCUAAGAGUGUUGGUGAGAUACGGUUGAACCCCAAAGAUGUGUUUGGACCGCCAUUGAUUGACCCAAAGUAUUGUAGUCAUCCUGAUGAUGUUGAAAUUGUAUUGAAAGGUAUUCGUAUGUUAGAAAAGAUUCAGCAAUCUUCUUCUUUCGAUAUAUUUCGUGCAAACAGCAAGAUGAGCUGUACUCUAUCAAAUGCCACAUCUCCUUAUCCCUUUGCUUCUGAUGACUUCUGGCGAUGGUACAUCUCUCAUCUUCCAGUGACAAUUUAUCAUCCUGUUGGAACGUGCAAAAUGGGCCCGGAAGAUGACCCUAGUAGUGUAGUGAGCCCGAGACUAAAGGUGAAGGGGUUUAAGAACCUCAGAGUGGUAGACGCAUCAAUCAUGCCCGAGAUCGUAAGUGGGAACACUAAUGCUCCAGUUGUAAUGAUUGCUGAAAAGGCAGCUGACAUGAUCAAGCAAGAUAAUAAUUAUUUAUAGUUGUUAUACAUUUUUAUGAGCAGAGGUUUUACAAUAGAGCUAGCUAUAAUACAAAAUGUACCUCAUAGGGAA